AUUACGUAAAUAUCUCAAACCUCGCGUGAGUUGAAGUUUAUUAGCUAUUGCGGAUCAACAAGAUUAGAACUUGAACUGUGGCAGCAGGCACUAGGUAGAAGCUUGAGGGGUACGUCCACUAUAAAGUAAGACAAAGCUAAACAAGAUCUACGAUGAGCUCCCAGCCUGUUAGCCACUCCCCCCUCAGAUUCGGUGACCCUCGUCCCACGGCUCUCAUGACCAACCAUACCACUCUAGGACUUGCCUCAAGAAGCUCCUCUGUGGAUUACAUCACUUCUGAUGCUCGAGAGCUACUACAAACUGUUCAAGAGGACGAUGCGAUUGUACGCAAACGUUCUGGUGCCAUGAGAGCUUUUAGUCGUCGCUCUCCCUCUCAACAUGACAGCCCCCCCACACAGGACUCGAGCACACACAAGCACUACAUCAAGAUGGGUAUUCUCAUGACUGACGAAAAUAACCCAGUUACUCAGAGCUUACCCGGUGAUAGCAGACUAACUACUAUGGGAAGGAGAACACAGACUCUACCACUCUCUACUCAUGGCAUACACACAACAGAGACUGGAGAGAUUGUGCCUGAGGGCGCUUGUCCAGUUACUAGAACUCGCACAAACAGCAGUGGAUUUGAAUUUGUUGAGAUUGAUGAAUGUAUCACGGUCCAACCCUCCCCCCCGAUCAGCGUGAAAAGCAACUCCAGUAGCAAUACACCAACCGACAGGGAUGAGUUGGCCCCCUCCUCACCCGACUCUGGUUAUGGGAACACACCCGAGUACAUCAAUGCAACACAGGACAAGACUAAUAGCCGAGAGAGAGGCGGCACUAAUAACAGUGUGUUCUCAGUGGACUCUGUAGGAGGGGGCAGUAGUCCCGCUCCUAGGAGGGCAGUGGAAAGACCCCCCCUGAUGCAUAGUGCCAGGGGGGCAGUGGAGAGACCCCCCAUGAUGCAUACACAAAGUGUACCCCUCAAUCUGGCAGAAUUAAACAAUUCAUCACUCGAAACAGUUUUAGAACAUGGAGCUCAGUUUCCACUACAGAUGUCGUUAGCAACAAGUGGAUCAACGGUGGACUUUAGAGAAAUGGAGAAACGAUUGCAGAGAUCAGCUCAGGACCACGUCACACCAUCACAUCCCACCCCUCAUCAGAAGGUGAAAGGUCAAUCUGACAACUCCUCAGUCCCCCAGAGACAGAUGGGACACAGGAAGGGACGUGCUCUCUCUCAGCCAUUUGCUAAUGCAGCAGAUACCCACUCCACACGCCCCCUCAAGUCAGGCACACUGCCUCCCUCUGUACCAGACACCAAGGACUACUUUCAGGUCACUGAUGAGCUCUCCAAGGAGAACUCGCACUUUGCACUGUCAGAGGCACUGCUUAGUGUCAUAGAGCAGUAUAAGGCCAACUGCAUGGAGCAGUCUGAUGAGGACUGUACCUCUCCUCCUAGCUCACCCGUGAUAUCUAGCAACCCCUGGAAGUUGUCCCCUGGAGGAUUGACCCCCACUGGGGGGAGGCACUACCUGGAGGAGAGUAUGGAGGCCAGUUAUCAAUCCCCUCCAGUCGGCAGUCCAAUGGGGCCAGUGUUUAGUUCUGUAAGGAGUCAAGGAGUUGAUGUGGGGGGUACAUUGCCACGGAAACCUCGUAAGCUGAGUCUCCUGGAACUCAUGCAGUCACCUUCGUGGGACAACUCUGCAGAGUCCACUGCACAGAAGCUACUGCGUCACAUGACUGGUCAUAUGACAGGGAUAGAGUUGGACGACACUCAAGUGGUGGUUCAACUACCGACAGAGUUCCUCACUUCUCUUCAAAAAGAUGAGGAUCUACAGAGAUCAGUGACCACUUCUUCAGCACAUAUUCGUGGCAACAGAGAAUGGGCCCCUCCAAGGAAACAAAUCAUCUACUCUGUCAAACAACCAGCCAAGAACCUUCAGAAGGACUUGGCUGCACAGGGCAAUCGCUGCACUGGCUGUGGUAUGAAAGUCACUCCAUCAUACACUAAAUACUUUAGAUUUUGCAACUACACUGGCAAAUACUUCUGUCAGAAUUGUCACAUGAAUACAACGAGUCUAGUCCCUGCCCACAUCCUGGAGCGCUGGUCCUUCAAGAAACUGCCAGUCUCCAACUUUGCCCGAGAUCUCCUCGCUAAGAUCCAUACUGAUGCUGUGUUUACCGUUUCCAAUAGCAACGCGUUCCUUUAUAGCAAAGUAUCAGUCAUGGCUCAGGCUAAGGAUCUGAGAACUCAACUGAUAUCUGUGAAACGCUACCUCCAUACUUGUAGAAGUAAUGAAGCCCAACACCUGAACCUCUCUUUCCAAGGCUAUGCUCCCUGGACCACGGACCUUCACACAUACUCUGUUGAAGACUUCCUCGAGGUGAAGGGUGGCAGCAAAAUGAAGUAUCUGCGAGCCAUGUUAGCCGAUGGUGUGUCACAUGUCAAGAACUGUCCGCUAUGUAUGGGCAAGGGGUUCGUGUGUGAGCUGUGUAGUGACCAGGACAUCAUCUAUCCCUUUGAGAACACUCUGGUCAAUAUCUGUCAAGAUUGCCAGUGCUGCUUCCACAAGAGUUGUUUCACUCCGACCACUCCCUGUCCUCGCUGCCAACGCAUGAAUCAGAGGUUGAAGCAAAGAGCUCGAUUUGAAGAGAGCAAGCAAGCUAGGCGUUAUUCAGGCAAACCAUCGUAAACUGUUGUGAACUUUGAACUGUGUGUGUACAUGUUUUGAUUGUCGUAUACAUGACUCAAUUUAUAGUCAAAUGUUCAUAAUCAUUUACGAAGAAAAGUUUUAUCAAUAAUGAAAA